CUUUGCUCAAUUCUCUUGCCUUCCCCAUCCGCACUCCUUGUUGUUUUCUUCUUUGCGUGUUGGGUGACUGAGAACAACAACCAAGAACUCUUGCUGCGUAGAAGCUGCUGACAGUGCAUACGCUUUUGUACGAGCAAGAGAGAUAGAAAGCUAGAAAGGAAAAAAAAUCGUGUCUUUACUCUAGAGAAUUCUUCUCCUACGCUGCGUCGACCAAAAGCGUUCCGGUCCCAUCCUUUCCUUCCACGAGACCGUUCCUGUGUCCUGGACGAAAGUCGGCUUGUAAGCCCAGCGGUAAGGGGACUCUCUCUCUACCGCAAUUGUACACUUUCAUCAACCGGAGGAAAGAUUUGCACAAUUGCGACCAACUUUCGUUGUGAGAUUUGGCAGUCGCGAGUUUCGCUCCUCUGACGUUCCCUUAACGUCGGCUCGUAUUUACGCUACGCUACACACCCCGCCGUGCCCUCCUUUCUAGUUCCCGGACUCAGCCGAGACGUCUUCCGAAAAAGUGUGCGUUUUGUUCACGCCCUGCCCCGCAAAAAAUCGUGGUAGAAGCAAACGGUACCAAUGAGUUACAUAUUGGCGCUCGGUGCCGACAAAAUCCGCCAUCACAUGGUGGAAAAGCGGCAUCAGAAAGAAGCGGCAGCUUCUGGUACGGCCGACAAAGACCUAGCCUGGUGUCACGAAGACUUGAUCAACCGACUCAAACGCAACGAAAUGGAAACAUUGAGUCUCGGUUGGAAGGAUUCCGAUUUCAGUUACCAUCGCAGUGCUCGUAAAGUUACGGCAUUGGAGAAGGCUCUGUUGGUGAAUACCUCCGUCCGUCACGUUUCUUUGGGAUGGCGUGUGCACCAUAAACGUCGAGAGAUACUGGUGCGCAUUCUCAAGGCCCUCUCUUCGAAAUCGCACAACGGAAAACUUCUCUCGUUACAGUUAGUCUUGGAUGAUUGGAUCCCCGAAGCGACUCUCAAGAAUCUUUUGUCCUCCCAACGUCAUUUGGUCACCAUCGAGAUUGGAGCUGUGCAAGUCAUGCGUCGCAAUGCCGUGGGACACGUAUGCUGUGCCGCGGCGGCAGCUUCACAGCGAGCCGCCACCGAAAGUGCCCGACUGUUUGUCGCCACUCACUCUUCCUCGGUCGCCCCAAGCACGACUGUAGCCUCGGUGUCUCGGAACAGUAACCUCGUCGUGCCAUCCGGUGAGUAUGGGCCUAUCGUGUCGCAAUUCUGUUGCGAUCACAACGUGGCCAGUCGUAUCUUUGGAAAAGUCGACGUCAACCAUUACAUUACGAAACUCAAGUCACUUAGUUUGGAAGAUUGUAAUUUGACCGACGCAUCGGCCGAAGUGUUGGCUGACGCCUUGCACUUGCGUGGGGGCAUUGCCAAUCUCUCCUUGCGGAACAAUCGACACCUGGGCAAAAGGGGAUUGGCCUUGUUGUGUCAAGCUCCCGUGAUGGACAAGCUCGAUUUUGGUAUUUGCGAUUUGGAUACCGACGAGACCAUCGCGGUGGCACACGCCAUCGCCCGACGUCCUUGGGUAUUGGGCGAACUCGUUCUGGCCGGAAAUUAUCGCAUGGACACGGACGGUCUGCUGGCACUCGUCUCGACCCAAACGUGUCGGAAACUACGGGCACUCGACGUGAGCUUUUGUGACGUGGGCGAUCACCGCGCAACCGCUGUUUUGACGGCACUGCGGCAAUUGAGUACCCAAACGGCGCUCCAUACCUUUAUCAUGCAAGGCGGUCGCAUAGUAUGUGCGGAAGCGACGCAAGCCCUGUGUGACUUAUUGUUGGAAAAUACACCGCUACGGACCUUGCGCAUCAAUCAUCCCCGCUCGCCGCAAUACGUGUCCACCGCCCAACUCAACUUGAUACUCACCAGCUUACGCGAAAACUACGAGCUCGAACAUUUGGACGUGGAUAUUCGGGUAGAAACAGUCUCGGACAUUGACAUUCAACGCGAGAUGGACAUAUAUUUUCGACUCAACAAAGCCGGGCGUCGGAUUUUGCGACCUAACGAGUUUGUGGCAAGCUUACCGCCCCGCGCGGGCUCGAAUAAAACAUCCCAUAAGCCGGAUUGGUACACGGUGGUGGCCAAUGCCGGGACGGAUUUGAAUGUUGUGUACUGGAUAGUCCGGCAGAGUGCCGAUUAUUUUGCGUCGUGGCAGUAGACCACCCUAGUGUGUUGUCACUGCUCAUUGUAAGCCAGAAAUUGUCUGUUGCCAAACUGGAGAGGAAAAGUUACUUGGCAAUGUAUGUACUAAGUCACACCGAGAUG